GACCAUUUGACCAAAAAGACAGCAAGAACGAGAACGAGAACGAGAACGAGACGAAGAUAAAGAAACAGGAACAGAAAACGAACCAUAUCUUUCUAAUAUGCCGAUUGGAUGGAGUUUAUCAAACGUAUUAAUCAGUUUAAUCGAUCAACCUGAGAUUGAAAAUGAAACUAGAUUUGAUGAAUUAGAUUCCAGUCAGAUUAGACAAUCUGUUCAUAACUUAGUUGAUGAACUAACGGAAUCAUCAAGCUCAAUCACUUCAACUGAAGUCUUUCAAACUUUUCAAAGUUUACUAAAACAUUCAUCAAUCCUACCUCAUUCAAUCCUACUAUCGAUUCUAGACGUUUUACCAUCAGCCUUCGAAGUAGAAAUCAAUUCAACCUCUCGAGAUGCAAACCCAACAGACCAUACAAACUACAGAUCCCAUAGACUAGCACUAGAACAUUACGCAUUUUUAUUACAUUGGCUAGUACAAGAAUGUGAAAAACGUAGAAUCUCAGAAAGAGGUUUAGAUGGGAUUUUAACCAAUCAAAAUGAUAAAAUAAAAUCAUCUAAAUCUAAAUCAUCUAAACAAAAAGGUACUAAAACGAAUACUUCAGAUAAGAAUGCUUCAUUUGAUUGGACAGCUCAAGUUGUGGAAGUUUUAGGUUCUAUGUUAAAAGCACUUAGUUUAAAAACUGAUUUUAUUUGGCCUACUUCUCAAGAUCGAGAUGCAUUUGUUAGUUGCUUUACCAAGACUGUGUAUCAAAUUUUGGAAAUCAAAACUUUUGCUGAUAAUUCUGCAAUUCGAGUUCUUGCAUUUAAAAUAAUCUGUACAGCAGCUAAAAGUCAUGGUCAAGCAUACAAUACCCAAACUUCGAUCCUACAAAAACUACAAUACUUUGAUCAUCUAUCAGAAUACAUGGCAGAAUUAACUCAUCUCUUAGUAGAAGCCAAAGAUUUACCACAAUUAGCAGAUGCGAUCUUGAGAGAAAUUUCAUCUAAAUUAUUUUCAGCACAAGAUACAAAAGGUCCACGAAGUUUUUCACGUUAUUUGAUUAAAUUAACGGAACUUGCACCUAGAUUAGUUUUUAAACAGAUCGUGAUUUUACAAAAACAUUUAGAUAGUGAAAGUUAUGUGAUGAGAAUUUGUUUACUUGAAGUCUUUGGGAAAUUGAUUGCUGCUUUAAGUCAAGAUGAUGACCAACAACCACAUCCACAACAAACUAAUUCUAAUAAUCAAUCUAAUCAAUCUAAUCCAGAUCACGAAGAUGAUGAUGAUCAACAUCCUGAUCGGGCUACGAAUGAGAAAGAUAAAGAACCUCAAGUGGUUAAAUUAGAUGGAUUCUUCAAUUUGUUAUUUCAACGUUUCUGUGAUUCUAAUACAUUUGUUAGACUGAAAGUAGUGAGCAUCUUUGAAGACAUUUUAAAACUUCCUGUUCCGUUUCCCAAACAUCGAUUACGACUAGCUGCCACUGCUUUACGAUCAUUAGAAGACAAAUCAUCUCAAGUACGAAAACAUUGUAUCACGGUCUUGAGUAAAUUAAUGGAAACGCAUCCUUAUGGAGUGAUGCAUGGAGGAGAGCUUUUUAUGGAUGAUUGGAAAGCUAGAUAUGAAGGAAUCGUCAAGGAAUUAAGCGUGUUUGAUUUACCUGAAGAUGAAGCUGCUAAGAAACUCAUGGAAGAUACAGACGAGGAGGAUUUAGGAGACAAUAAAAGUGGGGAUGAAGAUGAUGAGAAAGAGGAGGAUGAGGAAGAGGAUGGAUCGGAAAAGAGAUCAGAGGAUGCUGAUGGUGAUACAACUAUGGGAGAUCAUUCUACUGUAUCGAAUUCUGAAACUACAACUGGAAAGAAACGUAAAUCGAAAAAAUCAAAAGCAAGAAAAUCAGAAAUGAAUAUUGCAGCUGUUGAUCAACAAGCAGCCUUAUCAAAUUAUGAUCAUGAAGUUUUAAUGAAAUUAAGAUUAACUAAAAGAUAUUAUUCAGAUGCGAUUCAAUUUGUUCAAAUUUUAGAAUCAGCUAUACCAUUAAUUGAAAAAUUAUUAGCAUCUAAAAUCAAAUCAGAAGUUUUAGAAGCGAUUUAUUUUUUUAAAACUUCAUGGAUGUAUAAAUUAAAAGGUUCAUCAAGUGGGAUUAGAAGAAUGUUACAUUUGAUUUGGUCAAGUGAUAAUUCAACUGUAGAAGAAUCGGUUAAAGAUACAGGAGGAAAUGAAGAAGGUACCAAAGAAAUCAAAGAAGUUAAAGGUGUUAGAUUUGCUUUACUGGAUUGUUAUCAAGAACUUUAUUUCGCUUCACUUGUUAGAGAAGAAGGUGAAAGUUUAACUCAUUAUGCUAAUCGGAAUAUUGAUCGAAUCACUAGGAAUAUGAUUGAAUUAACUUAUCGAGCAACAUUAGCAGAACUAACCUCUUUAGAAGAAUUGAUGGGUGUCAUGAUGGAUAGAGGUUAUGUACAUGAAGAUGUGAUUUGUAAGCUUUGGGAAGUUUACAGUACUAACAAAGAUAUUUCAAAACAACAAAGAAGGGGUUCUAUUAUUGUUUUGGGUAUGCUUGCUGCUCCUUGUCCUAAAGUGGUGGCUGAUAAUCUUGAUAAGCUCAUUGCUAUUGGAUUAGGACCGAUUGGUAAAUCGGAUUUGGUUCUAGCCAAGUAUUCUUGUAUUGCAUUAAGUAGAAUUGGUGGUAGUGCUAAGAAAGUGAAAGGUUCACUCGUUGAUCGAAAUGUACGAUUACCAAUGGAUAAUCCAGUGUUUCAUAGAUUAUCAGAAUCUAUCCAAAUGCCAACCAAAUCAAAAGAAUGGUUCGCAAUGGCUGAACAAGCUCUUAAUACGAUUUACGCAUUAGCAGAUCAACCAGAUUCACUUUGUUCUGAAAUUUUAAAAUCUAUGACGAUUGAAUGUUUUGAAAAAUCGUCUGUACCCACAGCAACAACAACAACGACAGAAGAUCAACAACCUAUGGAGAUCGAUGAAAAUCUUCCAGUUCCGGAUUCUCAAGUUGAUGGAACCACCCUCAAAGAAAAAAGAGAAAAGGAAUUGAUGUAUGGUGAGAAAUCUUUAUUAAGUGUUUAUGGACCUAUGACUGUUCAGAUUUGUGGAUUACCUGCUGUUUAUAAGAAUGAAACCCUCAGAACAGCAGCAACACUUUCAUUAGGAAAAUUCAUGUGUGUUUCAGCCGAAUUUUGUGAUCAACAUUUAAUGUUAUUAUUUAAAAUCUUUGAAACCAGUAAAUCUUCUACAAUUCGAUCCAAUAUAAUCAUCGGAUUAGGAGAUAUAGCUGUUAGUUUCUCUACCAUCAUGGAUUCAAAUUCCGACGAACUUUAUAAAGGUUUAAACGAUUCGAAUUUAGAAGUGAAGAAAAACACAUUAAUGGUUUUAACUCAUUUGAUUUUGAAUGGGAUGAUCAAAGUUAAAGGACAAUUAGGUGAAAUUGCAAAAUGUAUUGAUGAUCAGGAUCAAAGGAUUAGUGAUCUGGCUCAAUUGUUUUUUGAUGAACUUUCUAAAAAAGAUCAUAAUGCGAUUUAUAAUAAUUUACCUGAUAUGAUUUCACACCUUUCGGUUGGUAAACAUGCAGUUGAAGCAGGAUUAUUUAGAUCAGUUAUGAAUAGUAUAUUCAAACACCUUAAAAAAGAUAAACAAUCUGAAUCGAUUAUAGAAAAACUUUGUCAAAGGUUUAGGUUGGUGAAUGAGGUUAGGCAAUGGCAAGAUAUCGCAUAUUGUUUAUCUUUAUUACAAUUCAAAUCUGAAAAAGCUUUGAAGAAAUUGGUUGAUGGAUUACCAUUUUAUCAGGAUAAACUUUAUGAUUCUGAAGUUUAUAAAAGUUUUGAAGAGAUUUUAUCAAAAGUGAAAUUAAAUAAAUGGUCAAAAGAUCAUUUAGAUUUAAUCGAAUUUGAAAAAGGAAUUAAAGAAUUUAAAGAAAAAGGAGAAGAAGAUGCAGCAUUAGUAGAAAAAGUGAAUAAGAAACAAAAAAAUCAAAGGAAGAAGAAAAUGAAUAGUCAAGUGAUUGAACCAUUAACAGAAGAAGAAGAGCAAGGAGAAGAAGAACAAGAAGAGGAACAAGAAGAAGAUCUUAGGAAAGGUAGUAGGAGUAGGAAUGGGAAUGGAACUGGGAAUGGAAGAGGUAAGAGUAGGGCGAAAGCGAAAGUCGUGAGUAGUAGGAAUAGAAGACCACGAAGAAGAGAUGAGACACCUGAUUCUGAUUGA